CAGCCCGGGACCACCGCACCUCAGCGCUGUCACGCCCGCAGCCUCCCCUCUCUCCUCCUCCAGGAACCCGAACUCCUCGUCCAGAGAUGCCCCGCUAUGAGCUGGCUUUGAUCCUAAAAGCCAUGCAGAGGAAUGGGAGUGUAACAUCUGUAGCCACUCCAUUUUGAUGAAUUCCCAAGACCACCCACAUCAUACCUAAAGUAGGAAGAAGAAAUAGUGAUGGGACUGCUGUGAUUGGAAAAAAAGAGAGAUGGGGCCUGAGACGGCUGCAACAUUGAAACGUUCGGUGGAAGCUUUGAUGGAGAGAGGAGCAGUGGUGAGGAAUCUGGAAAACCUGGGAGAGAGAACACUGCCAUAUAAAAUCUCAAAGCAUAAUCAUCGUCACACCAAAGGAGGAUAUUUUUUGAUAGACUUUGAUGCUCCACCAACAACUGUUGAAGCCAUCACCAACCACUUAGGACGUGAUAUUGAUGUAAUUAGGUCUACUGUUUUAAAGCAUCAAGUAGUGAAUACAGAGGAAUGCAUGGGCAUAAUCCCAGAGAGCCCUGAAGAUAUAACAAAUACAAGGAAGAAAUAAAUCGGCUGUAGAAACUGUAUUAAUAUUAUUUUUGAGCCCAGUUGUAAGCAUCUACAGUUAAUGUAAAUACAUUAUAAUGGAUACAGUAUGCUGUUUUAACAUAAUGUUGCUUUUGGCUGUUAUGUCGCAAAUCAGACUUCAUGUAUUCUUAUCUUUUAUAUAUGAUGUCUUGUUUGAAAAUGAUUUUUGCUUUCAUUUGAAACUUUUGUAUCUGGGCCUAAGCCAGGGCUGCUCAACUUUGUUCCUCCUGCAGAUGUUGGCCUACAAUUCCCAUAAUCCCUGGCUAUUGGCCACUGUGGCUGGGGAUUAUGGGAGUUGUAGUCCAAAAACAGCUGGGGGGCCUAAGCCCUUUAAAAAUAAUACUGUUAAGUAUUUAAAGACCUAAGUCCUUUGAAAAUAAUACUGUAAUCUUUUUCACACUUGCUUCCAAAUAAUCUCAUUGAAUAAAGUGGGACUUACUGCUAAGUAAACAUGCAUACUGGA